CUCAGACUUCCACCAUACAACUUCCUGCACCCACAGCCAUGUCAACAAUGAACGUGGACAUCGAGGCCACCGCAAAGGAGCAUGGUCAACUCCACCAAGAUCUCUGGGAGUUUUUGAACACAGAGCAGUCAACAGUACUGCCUGAUGCUUCAAGCCUGGCUCGAGCAAGAUCGUCUCUCAGGCAAUCGCUUGAUGACAAGGGGAUCGGAUACGAUUCUACAAGGCGACACAUCCUGGACGACCUUGUCCCCGCAUUCAAUCUGAGCAGCAUUAGCCCGCUUUACUAUGGGUUCGUUACUGGCGGUGUCACGCCUGCUGCGCUAUUUGCGGACGGGAUCGUCUCUGCAUACGAUCAGAACGUUCAAGUCCAUCUUACAGAGCACACCAUAGCGACAGACGUUGAGUACGCGACGUUGGGGCUUCUCGUCGAUCUUCUUCGCCUAGACCAUGAUUGGCACAAUGGCACUUUUACGACUGGCGCGACAGCAAGCAAUAUCUUAGGGUUGGCUUGCGGACGGGAAUAUGUUGUACGCCAGGCACUGCGGAAACGGGGACCAGCAAAUACACAGGGCGUAGGAGAAAUUGGACUCUUUGAAGCUAUGCACGCGGCUGGGCUCUCGGGGAUACAAGUGCUUUCCACAAUGCCGCACUCGUCGCUAGUAAAGGCGGCAGGUGUCCUGGGUAUCGGCCGUGCCAACGUCCAGAACGUUUCUGAUGAUAACCAUCCUCUUCGAUUCGAUCUGGAUAAGGUAAAAGCUAAGCUAGGCGACAUGUCAAAGGCCACUAUUAUCGCUGUAUCCUGCGGCGAGGUCAACACCGGGUAUUUCGCCACGGGUGGGCUGGAUGAGAUGCAAAAGCUGCGCAAGCUAUGCGAUGAGUACGGUGCCUGGCUACAUGUGGAUGGAGCGUUCGGGAUCUUUGGUCGUGUUCUUCCAGAAACCCCGGAAUUCACUGCCAUUAAACAAGGAUGUGAAGGGAUGGAGUUGGCAGACUCCAUAGCAGGAGACGGCCACAAAAUGCUCAACGUACCCUACGACUGCGGAUUCUUCCUUACUCGGCACCGAGAUGAAGCCGUGAAUGUGUUCCAAAAUGCCAACGCAGCUUAUCUAACCGGAGGCACUAGCGAUGCUCCAUCGAUACCAUCACCUUUGAACAUCGGACUUGAAAACUCACGACGAUUCCGCGCCCUACCUGUUUACGCUUCCCUGCUUGCAUACGGAAGCAGGGGAUACCAAACUAUUAUCGAGGAGCAAAUCCGGCUAGCUAGGAAGAUCGCCGCAUGGCUGUACGACCACCCGAAGUACAAUGUGCUACCGGAAGUAAAUAGCAAGCACGAAUUGCUGGAUAAGACAUAUAUGGUUGUUCUGUUUAGUGCCAAAGACGAUAAUCUGAACUGCCAGCUUGCGGCAAAGAUUGAUGAGACUCGGAAGAUAUAUGUCUCUGGCACCUCCUGGCAGCAGAGACCGGCUUGCCGGAUUGCCAUUUCGAACUGGAGGGUUCAGGCUGAUAGAGACUUCUUUAUUGUUAAAGGGGUAUUGGAUGAGGUGGCUGGAAAUGGGGCUUGAUAUCUGCUAUAUCCAGUCGCAGUUCAGAGAAGCUUUUUCGAAUUUAUAUACUUAACUUGCCCACAUUUACGGAACAUAUUAUUUAUCGCAGA